CGGGCCCGGGCCAUUGUGAAUAGGGACACAAACAAAGUGCGGAUGAGGCACGAGGGUCACAAUCACAGCCGCAAGGAUGUGGUGAGCGGACGUAACUCUAAGAAGUAGCAGAUCACGCGAAGUUGGCACAGUAUGUGCGUUCCAAUAGAGGCACCGAUCUCGUUUACCACAAAGGCAAUACCUACACACCCAACGAGAAGUUGCGAGAGGGACAAAAGAGUCGGGACUGGAAGUGCUCCAUGUAUCACAAGGCAAAGUGUCGGGCCCGUCUGGUCACACGCAUCACCAGUGGCGGGGAUAUCAUCCACGUGACUAGCAACUUGCACACGCAUCCCGCAAUGUACACAUCGCAGAAAAUGGAAUCUCGCGUGGACGCCCAGAAGCUCUGCCUCGAGAGGAAUCCGCUCUGCGUUAACACACGAUCGGUUAGAAUCGACAGCAAAAAUACUUUUGACAUGGAAACAAUUGCCAAUAGAGUCAAUAUACAAUGCGCAUGGUAAGCUGAUGGACAUCAUACCCAACAUACAGAUCAUCCAGGGUCAGAGAAAGUCCGUACAGCUAAUGUUUGCUAAAUUUGCCUAUGCGAAGAACAACCAGCGCGGGAACACCAUUUACUGGAACUGUCGGAGUCGGCGUAACGGAAAACAUCCGUGCAACGCUCGAUUGUCCAUUAGCAGGCUCCCGAACGGACUGUACAAG